AUGUCUGCAGUUCGAAGUACAAGUCGAGCCUUUGCAGGUAUUCGCAGAACCACAGCUCAAUCUCUACGAAGAGAGUUUGCGACGGUAGCUGAUAGCCCCAUUCGAUUUGCUUGCAGACCCCCCGCAUCGCCCGCCUUAUUAUGUCCUUUCUCCAUAUCAGGAUCGCGACCUAGUACGAAGCAAAUGUGUGAAAUCAGACAAAACACAAGAUCUACAGCUGCUCGUCGAAAGUUCUCUGCAACUUCAAAAGCUUUGCAUGGUCAUAUAACCCCUCCAAAGCCCGGGGAAGAGUUACAUGUUACUUUUUUCGAUAAGGAGGGAGAUGAACACACAUUCAAAGUCUCAGCAGGAGACAAUCUCUUGGAUAUAGCACAGGCCAAUGAUUUGGAGAUGGAAGGCGCUUGUGGAGGAUCUUGCUCAUGCUCAACAUGUCAUGUUAUAGUCGAAGAUGAGGAAUUCUAUAACAAAAUGGCCGAGCCGGACGAUGAUGAGAACGACAUGUUGGACUUAGCCUUCGGAUUAAGAGAGACAUCAAGAUUGGGUUGUCAAAUUGUGAUGUCAAAAGAAUUAGAUGGAUUGCGCGUAAGGCUUCCUUCUAUGACACGGAAUCUUCAGGCUAGCGAUUUUAAGAGUUGA